ACUGGCCAGGGCCCACAGCCGGGAGCCAGGAAAUGUCUACUAGCACGAGUAGCGCUGCCCAGCGUGGCACUGGCUCAGCCUCCUUAUCCAAGGCUGCUUCCCCGGGAUGUAGAGAAGACACGGUUCAAUGUGUAGACCUUCUUCCUCUCCAGCGUCUCCAGCCUCCAACCCCAGGACAUCACUAGCGCAGGUGAAAACGAAAGCCUGUCUCAGCGGCCAUAACUCUGCCAGCAGCACCUCAAAGCCAUUCAAAACGCCCAAAGACAAUCUACUUACCUCCAGCAGCAGACAGCACACAGUCUUUUCUGCAAAAGGAUCAAGGGAUAAACCAUGCGUUCCGGUUCCUGUAGUCAGUUUAGAGAAAAUUCCUAACCUAGUGAAGGCAGAUGGUGCCAAUGUCAAAAUGAACUCUACAACCACUACUGCAGUCACCUCCUCCUCCACCUCCUCCUCUGCCGUCUCCACCCCUCCUUUAAUUAAGCCCAUCUUGAUGUCCAAGUCAGUGCCACCUUCACCAGAGAAAAUCCUAAAUGGCAAAGGAAUUCUGUCAGCCACAAUAGACAAGAAACACCAAAAUGGCACCAAAAACAGCAACAAGCCUUACCGGAGACUUUCAGAGAGAGAAUUUGACCCAAAUAAACACUGUGGAGUAUUGGAUCCCGAGACAAAGAAACCUUGCACAAGAUCCCUCACCUGCAAGACACACUCGCUAAGCCAUCGGAGGGCAGUCCCGGGCCGGAAAAAGCAAUUUGACCUCCUCCUGGCGGAACACAAAGCCAAGUCCCGGGAGAAAGAAGUUAAAGAGCACCUCCUGACUUCCACAAGGGAAAUACUUCCAAAUCCACCUGGGCCAGGGCAGGAGUCUCUGCUGGGAUCUUCAGGGAGCUCGGGGCCAGAACCAAAAGUUGCAUCCCCUGCAAAAUCCAGGCCACCUAACUCUGUACUUCCCAGACCAUCAUCUGCAAAUAGCAUAAGUAGCAGUGCGUCUUCAAAUCACAGCGGCUACGCGCCAGAGCCCCCUCUGCCCCCGGUUGGAGGUGACCUCACCAGCCGACUGUCCAGUGAUGAAGGGGAGAUGGACGGAGGCGAAGAAUCUGAGAGGUUGGACUGUCAGUUCUCCGUGCACCAUCCCAGACCUCUUGCGUUUUGCUCAUUCGGGAGUCGCCUCAUGGGACGAGGGUACUAUGUGUUUGAUAGAAGAUGGGAUCGUUUUCGAUUCGCACUAAACUCCAUGGUAGAGAAACACUUGAAUUCACAGAUGUGGAAGAAGAUCCCUCCUGCGGCAGAUAGCCCCAUGCCCUCGCCAGCAGCCCACAUCACCACCCCUGUUCCAGCAUCCGUUUUGCAGCCUUUCAGCAACCCCGGUGCUGUGUAUCUUCCUUCAGCUCCCAUCAGCUCGAGACUCACCUCUUCUUACAUAAUGACAUCAGCCAUGCUCUCAGACGCAGCUUUUGUGGCAUCGCCGGACCCGCGUGUCCUCAUGUCCCACACCACAGCUUUCCCCCAUGUGGCCGCAACCCUCAGCAUCAUGGACUCAACCUUCAAGGCCCCAUCUGCCGUGUCCCCGAUACCAGCCGUCAUCCCUUCCCCAUCCCACAAGCCAUCCAAAACCAAAACCAGCAAAUCCUCAAAAGUCAAAGACCUGUCCACCCGUAGCGACGAGUCUCCAAGUAACAAAAAGAGGAAGCCCCAGUCUUCGACUUCCUCCUCCUCCUCCUCUUCCUCCUCCUCCUCUUCUUCCUUGUCCCUGCCGCCUUCCCUCUCGUCUCCAUUGUCAGGGCCCCACAAAAAGAACUGUGUCCUGAAUGCCAGUUCCGCUCUGAACUCCUAUCAGGCGGCCCCUCCCUAUACCAGUCUGUCUGUGCACAACUCAAACAAUGGGGUGAGCCCACUCAGUGCCAAGCUGGAGCUCUCAGGACGGACCUCGCUGCCCGGCGGCCCCGCGGACAUAGUGAGACAGGUGGGCACGGUGGGCGGCAGCAGUGACUCCUGUCCCCUCUCUGUGCCCUCCCUUGCGCUCCACACAGGGGACCUCUCUCUGGCCUCACACAAUGCCGUGUCUUCUCUGCCCCUCUCUUUUGACAAAUCAGAAGGAAAAAAGCGUAAGAACUCGAGCACUAGUAGCAAAGCCUGUAAAAUCACUAAAAUGCCUGGUAUGAAUAGCGUUCACAAAAAGAACCCACCCGGCCUUCUUGCACCGGUGCCCGAGCCCGUUAACAGCACCUCCUCUCGGCAGGUUGGGAAAAAUAGCAGCCUAGCUUUGUCACAAUCCAGUCCUUCAAGCAUAUCCAGCCCAGGACACAGCCGACAGAAGAACACAAACAGAAUGGGCAGGAUAAGGACUCUUCCAUAACAAGACUAUGAAGCCACUUCCAAAACAAUUCCUGGUUGUGAUCCCACCCCAGGAGGCCAUGGCAGGAGGAGGAGGGAGGGGAGUGGGCCCUUGGGGAGUGUCUCUUCCCUAUGCCCUGCCUGUGGCUCUGGCCUUUCUUCUUCUUUUUUUUUUUAAAUGAUCAGUUUUUUUUUGUUGUUGUUGUUUUUGAAGAAACAGAAAAAGGCAAAAGAACGUGGAUUUGAAACUUUCAGAAAACAAUACCAGUGUUUUCUUUCCAUUUUUCAUUUGCCACAUUUAUACAUUCUUCCAAAUUUGGGGUCACUUCCCUCACUCCUGAUGCUGCUACCCCACCAUAAUUUUGCUCCUGCCCUGAGAGCAGACGUCGCAGAAUGUCAGUUCUGGGUUGGCGCCGUCUGAAGCUCUUGAACUUUAGCACAUGCAGAGCUCUUCUUCCUUGUUCUCUCCCACCGCAUCCCUCCCAUCCCCAACCUGCCACUCACAGGGCAGGAGGGGCCCACUGGCCAUCAGAAGUGGCUGGAUCCCACCAGUACCCCCUGGACAGCAUGCUGGUGAAGGGGUUUUGUUAGGGAGGAUCCUGAGAGGAAAGAGCCAGAGGGUAUGUGAGUGCCCUCAACAGAUUUCUGCAGCCCAGCAGGCAAAAUUGAGAACAUUGGCUGCUUAAUGACCUGGUUUACCAAUACCAGUGUCUAGCUGUACAGCUCAGAAAAGACAUACAGGAGAAGCAGAGGGGACCUGGAAGAGUGGUAGAAAGCAGAACCUGGCCAGUAGGAGACAAUGUCCCUUAAAAAAUGGUGGGGACCAAGUAACUGUGACGGUCUGAGCUUGUUAGGAAUCAAUUCUGCAGAAUCCCUUCCAGGGCACGGUGUGCAGGUUCCCAAAGUUGAGUGAGUCAGAGAUGGAGGAAUCCCAGGGGAAAGGCCACUGAACCAAAAAAGUCACUCCAUCAGGAAGCAUGGUGAUCUUCAGCUAAAGGUUCUCAAGUUGCCCUCUGGGGACAGGAAAGAUCCUCAAGGGGAAAGCCUCCAUGGAGGAUCAUGUAUCAAAUCCCUUGUGAAAAUAAAUACUAGCAUUGCCCACUCAUGCCCAGAGGGGAGCUUGCAUUGCCCACCUACACCCAGAAGUGAGCAUGCAUUCUGUUCUCAGAUGCCCCAACUCAGACAGCCACCCCUGAGAAGGAAUGGUAAGGAUGUGCCAUCGCUUAGUGAAGAGCCAUUUGGAAGAGCUGAAGAGAGACAUUGGAGCAUCGCAGCUAUGAAGUUUUUCACACUGGAGUUUUGAAAGAAACAGCAAUACCAUAAACUCUAAUAAGGAAUCAUCAUCAGGAACGGAAUUCCUAAUGUGAAAUAGGUGUUCUGUGCUAUUAAUUAAUCUGAUAAGUUUGCAUACAACAGAGAUGCUAGGAGGUUCUCUUUCAUCCUGAAAUCAGAAAUGCUAGUCUCGCGGCUGGGUGCAACCCCCAAUCCCAAGGUUUUCCUUUAUUUUCCCAUCCCCCAACCCAAAGAUCAGACUACUGUUAAGUUUCACCACACGAUUGGAAUCUGCAAAGGUGGGAGGCCAACGGAGUGAUCUGCAUUGAUGGAAUUGCACUGACAGUAUUUCUUAUAGGAUUACUAAAUUUUUUAAUAUAAAAAAAGAUUUUUUUAAAAAUCAGGAGUUGAUAUUAAGUACCAGGACAUUAGUUCAGAUUAUUUCAUUUUUAUUUCAACAGUGUUAAAAGUGCACUUAUAUGCUGGUUUAUUUGAGUCUUGGAAAAAAGAGACUGCAAAUUGAAGGGACGAUUGUUAACUUUUUCUUUUUAAAAAAAAAAAGGUUAAGGCAGAUUUUAAGACUUAUAAAUGUU